GGAGGAAGAACAAUCACUGCCGACUGUAGUUUCCUGUCCAACAGCAGCAGCUCUGAAGUCUGAGGCAAACUUGUGGYUGUGAGGGGAGAAGCAACACACAGAAAAGGACACUACAAGCUCAUUCUGACAGAAUAAACACGUUUGGCACGGUUCUGUGGCGAGGUUUAAGCUUGCAGAAAGGCAGCUGAAGACGCGCGUUCCCCCUGCAGAGAGACUGAAAACUUCCCAACAUCUGGUCCGGCGCUGGAGGAGGAGGAGGAGGACCGGGGCGAGCCGAGGAGAGUAGGAGAGAGAGAAGUAUCUCUGCUGAAGAAAAUGCUCUGAAUCCGGGCUUCGUGUGACCUGCCUGAGCCGAGGAGAAAGAACCUUUUCUGACCCGAAAACAACUAAAGAGUUGGGAGAAGGAGGAACUUUUGACAGGGGGACAGAAAGGGUGUUGGAGGAAGGUCCCACCUGAGGAGAUAAGAGAUGAAUAAGUCAUAAAAAAGGAGAAAAGGAAAAGAAACCAAGCCAGAGAGAAAGGCUUCUUCACCUCCUCCCAGAACAGCCAGGCCUACGCCCAUGGACAAGGAGAGGAGCCACACUGCCAUCUCCAAAGAUCCAUCUGAUAAUGAAAACCCUGAUCUGCCAGUUCCCGCUUCACAAACAGCCUCAAACACAGAGAGUGAAAACAGCUGCUCACACCCACCCCCCUGUUCUGGUGAUGAUGUGGCCUACACCUACACUGAGCCCCUAAUAUUGCGGGUCAACGGCACCCCCAAACGGUUGUUAGAUGAUGAUCAUGAUGGAGUCACUUGCAAUCACAAAGCCAGCCUCUCACAUUCAGUACUUCCAACGCCCAAAGGGAGUGUUACAUCGCAACCAGGAGCCAGAUCCACGCCCAUCCAUCCCACGCAGCCGUGUAGGUCUCAGCCCAGCAGCCUGCUGCGCAACGGAGCCAAGAGCCAUGAACACACGCACACCCCUGACACACACUGUCCGCACCACACGCCUCACCUGCACGCACCUCAGUCCAACGCUGUCAGAAACGGCGGCACUCACAGGCACCCGAAGCUGGGCUCCCUCCCGAAAGGCGGCUCGUCCACCUCCUCGUCAUCUUCAGCUGGACCCAAACACAACAGAAAACUGCAGUCGAACCCUUCGAUCACGUCUCAGAGCAGCAAGAAGAGCAAGAGCAGUUCCAAGAGCAACAGCUCGCAGAUUCCCACAGACGGACAGGACGACUGCUGUGUUCACUGUAUCCUGGCCUGCCUGUUCUGUGAGUUCCUAACUCUGUGCAACAUCGUACUGGACUGCGCCACCUGCGGCUCCUGCGCGGGCAACGACUCGUGUUUCUGCUGCUGCUGCAUGUCGGAGGAGUGCGGCGACUGUGACCUGCCCUGUGACAUGGACUGCGGCAUCAUUGACGCCUGUUGCGAGUCUGCAGACUGCUUGGAGAUCUGUAUGGAGUGCUGCAGCCUCUGCUUCUCUUCCUGAGGGCCCUUUGUCUGACACAAACUACUAAGUGGAUGCCUCCCGCACAUUCUCAUUCUCAAGGCCUGCGAACAAAUACAACUGGCUUCUUAAUGCAAAUAAGAAGUGCUACACCCGGUCUGGGUUCAUCGUGAUUUACACUCUGGUGGUGUAGCGGCUCUGCAAUACAUUCAACACCACCUUCAGGGUUUACAAAUCACCAUUUGUGACCUAUUCUUUCUUUAUUUUUAUUGAUCAACAGUAACUUUUCUCUGUUUCGCCAUAGUUGUUGGUUCACAUGUUCGGGCGUGUGGAGCAGAGAAAAUUCCAGCACUGAUCUGUAACUUUCUGCCGGGCUGUGCAGACCGAGCUUUUGGACCCUCGCUGAACUAGCUAUGAUUACAAUGGAACCCCCUAGUGCCAUCUAAAUUACUGGAGUUCUUCAAGCAUGUAAAAUGACCUCUAAAGGCAAAUGAGAAAAUGGCUCCAUUUAACCGGAUUUUAGUGUUUCUGUAGAUAAGAGCAGCAGAAUAAUGGGAAAAAAUGGUCGCUCAGAUCUCUGUAGAAAGCGCCGUCUGUCCUCCUGUCCUUGGCAAGGUUAAAGUCUUCCAGUCUGCGCACAGUGGCCUUUAAAAAAAUAGGAAAGAAAGAAAGAAACAGAAAAGUGGGAGAUGCUGAAUCUGUUUUUGUCCUUGUUGUAUUGUGCAAAAACACAAAACAGACGUGGUGGUUUGAUGCAAUAAUAGAAAUAGACUUUAUUUGUUAUUGUGCAUGUUUUUGUACCUGAACUCUUUGUCCAUCAGCCUGAAUCUACUAAAUGAGAAAUGAGCAUCAAAGAACAAAUGGCUCGUAUAGGAGGGUAUUCGUAAUGACCUCUCCUUAUUUAAUGCUUCAAAUCUUGUUUUCUCAAUCUUUUCUCACCUGGUAAAAACUGGAAGACAUUGUCUCCUUUUUUUGUGUUAAAUACAUUUCAUUUUUCUCUCAAUCUCUUCAUGUGAUGAAAUAGCCUUGGCUUAAGCUUAAGGCUUGAAUUUCCAUGCAGGUUCCUCGCCUUUUGCAAAAAAAAAAAAAAAGAAAAAAGAAAAAGAAAAAGAAAAGAAAAGAAAAGGAAAAAAACUCCAUUAAUCCUUGUUUUGUAGAUUUUAGUUAAGAUAUUUGCAUUUCUCCUCUAAUGUGAAAAAAAGAAAAAUCACAUUUCUGUGUUAUCGGUCUCUGUAAGGCAGACAUUGCUCAGCAUCUAAUUCCUUGAGUGAAAAUCUCAUGAAAUUAUGCUAAGCUAGAUCCACAUGCUUUCUGUAUGAAUGGUACAGUCUUGAUAAGAGGCCUGCUCCUUCAAACACUAUGGCGCAUACUUAUUUUUUUUCUUCAAACCAAUACCUCUUGAGAUGUCGCGUAGAUCAGUGGUGCAUUUUAAAGUGGCUUGAUACAAAUCUCUUCCCUCUUUUUAAAUACUGUUACAGAACUCAUUUUAUUCUUCUAAACAGUAAAGACGGAUCUUUUCUGGACUUUCGUUUUAGACCUUUUACUUUCUUGUGCAUAGAAGGGCUAAUGUGCUAUUUGUGAAACCCUAUUUUAAGGGUUGUAAUGUUACACUUUGACCUAAAGACAAACUAUUGUAGUAUUCAACUUGAUAGCAGAACAUGCAAAAUGCAUUUUGCUGCUUUUACUUUAAUAUUAUAUGUGGAGUUUACCUAAUGCAGCUUGUGAAUCAAACUGGAUGUGUUCCUACUUGUUGGGAUGCUCAAAUUCUGGGGAGUCUUUGAAACAAUUUAAAAAGAGGCUGAUGAAAGGAUAACUUGUUGAAUAAAAAAAGAAAGAAAGGAAAAAAAUGAUUUGUUUGUGCUUAAAAAAGGUGCUUCGUGUUGGGUUCUGUUUUCUGUCACCAGACCAGGAGGACAUAGUGAUAAAUGUCUCUGAUGUGUGUGAACUCAUCUCAUGAAAGCAAAACAAAACAAUAAAAAUGCUUCCUUAACAACAGACAACAAACUUUAUACUAGAGGAUCAUGCAUGUAUGUGCGAUACAUUCAGGUUGCACAAUAAAAAUGGAGCAAAUUUUUAAAAAUGUUUCAUGAAAUAUAUAUUGAAGUAUGAUUUUUAAAUGGUUUAGAUGAGACAUUCUGCACUGUUUACUUGGUUUGGUGACAGUGUCCAAACAUUGAAAUUAUUUAUGAAUUUCAUACACGUCAUCUCUAAAUAUAUGCCUUGCAAAACAUCAAAAUGUUACAUUGAUGCUGGAAAACAAUAUGUUUAGAUUCAGACAUGUUCAGUAUUGAGUGUUUCUGUUAUAAUUUCCUCCACUGUUUAUGAACGUAUUGUGAAUGAAGCAAUGAAACUCACAUACUGAAUUUCAAAAACUGCCUGGGUUCAGUUAUAAGAGAGACUAUUGAUUAUUAUUAUUAUUAUUGAUUGAUUGAUUGAUAAUAGCAGCAGCCCAGCUGAGUUGUUUCGAGAUGCUCCUCCACUAUACAAUGUCAUUUUGUUUACAUGAUCCCAGUUUAGUUUCAGUUGCUGUUCUGGAAGUCGCAUUAAGAUUUCUUUGUUUAAUACUGAAUAAACAAUGUGAACUCCACACUA